UCGUUUUCUGCUCUCUCUCCCUCUCUCUGUUUCUCCUCCUCUUUUGUCUCCUCCUUCCUUUCUGUAGAGGAACCAGGAAGUAAAGUUUGCUCGGCUUGGCAAGCUUCAGAUUUCUUAUCAAGAGAACAGCAAAUAAAGGACUGGAGCAGGAGGAAGGAGGAGGUAAGGAAUUACAGGUGUAGCGGAGAGAUCAUGACGACGUUAAUCCACCGAGGGCGGCGUGCCGAUGUUGGCGGGAAUGCCGAGAAGCGGGCGGAGGGUGAGGAGGACUCCGUUCUGGACAAGGGCGUGGGUGACGAAGACUCUGGGGACUCCAAAGAUAUCCGUCUUACUCUCAUGGAGGAGGUCCUGCUCCUGGGAUUGAAAGACAAAGAGGGCUACACGUCUUUCUGGAAUGACUGCAUCUCCUCGGGCCUGCGUGGGGGCAUUCUUAUUGAGCUGGCAAUGAGAGGAAGGAUACAGCUGGAGCCACAAACCAUGAGGAAGAAACGGCUCCUGGAUCGGAAGGUGCUUCUGAAGUCAGAUGCUCCAGCUGGAGAUGUACUUCUGGAUGAGACGCUUCGCCAUCUCAAAGCCACUGAGCCUCCCGAGACGGUGCAGACCUGGAUUGAAUUGCUCACGGGUGAGACCUGGAACCCCUUCAAGCUACAGUACCAGCUUCGUAACGUCCGCGAGCGAAUCGCGAAGAACCUCGUGGAGAAAGGCAUCCUGACCACCGAGAAGCAGAACUUCCUCCUGUUCGACAUGACCACCCACCCCGUCACCAACACGACGGAGAAGCAGCGCUUGGUGAAGAAGCUUCAGGAGAGCGUCCUGGACCGGUGGGUCAACGACCCCCACCGCAUGGACCGGAGGACCUUAGCUCUGCUGGUGCUGGCCCAUGCCUCCGACGUGCUGGAGAACAUCUUCGCCAGCCUGGAUGACGAGAAGUACGACGUGGCCAUCAACAGGUCCAAGGACCUUUUGGACAGGGACCCUGAGGUCGAGGCGGCCAAGGCGAGCGGGGCGGAGAUGAUCUGGGCCGUCUUGGCGGCCUUCAACAAGUCCUAAAUCUUCCCAGCUGAGCGAGUCUGUUCUAAGUGGGGAUGGCCCGUUUCUCUCUCUUUCUCUCUCUGUCUGUCUCUCUUUCUCUCUCGAGGACUGAACCUUCUACUCUAGGAAAUCUUCCCCUGCUCCUGAACCAUGGGCAUCGGGGACUUCCUCUUGCCACGACCACCCACCUGCCCACCUCCACCCUCUGUGGCUCUUGGAAAGAGUGGGCAACGUCCUGUUACAGGAAAACCGGCACCACUUCCUCUUCCUCCUCCACCACCACUUCCUCCUCCUUUCCUUGGACUUGUUGACUUGUUAGAUUUCAAGGAUGAGCAAAGAAAUUUGUGCGUUUCUCCCCCCGCCUGUUGGCUCCUCUCCUUUUAGUUUUCCCACAUCCCAGGUUAAAAUGAAGGCCUGUGACUGCUAGAAAUGGCUUACAGUUUCUCUUCCUUUCUUUUUUUAAAAAUUGAAACACUCUUGUUUGAGUGUUUUACAAGAAGAAUGGAUUGCGGUGGUGUGUUCUCUGUUCUGGGUUUUUGUGUGUUGUUGGGUUUUGUUUUUUUUAAAUCUCCUAGUCCCAACCUUGUUUUCAUCCAUGUCUUGUUUUUUGAUGCAGAUUCUUCUGAUUUUUCUUGUGCUGUUCUCCUUGUGUUUUGUUGGGAAAGACCAUUACAGCACAAAUAUCUAUGCAA